AGGACUCAUGUGACAAGUUCUAAUUUAUAUAAAAGUGAAUUCUGCAGACCUCUUGUUGCUCUGAAGUCUUUGGCGUUAGCCCAUGAUGUUCCAGGAUUCCUGCAGACGGAGCUCACCUGCUCUCAUCUCCAGAAUGAAGGUGAUCACCUGGAUGUUUCUGGCCUGUGCUUCUACAAUGGCACAACUCCAUCACGAUCCGACGCUGGACAGCCACUGGAAGCUAUGGAAGAAAACUUAUGGCAAACAAUAUGAGGAACAGAAUGAAGAAGUAGCACGGCGACUCAUCUGGGAAAAGAAUCUAAAAUUUGUGACGCUGCAUAACCUAGAGCACUCCAUGGGACUACAUUCCUAUGAUCUAAGCAUGAACCAUCUGAGUGACAUGACCAGUGAAGAAGUGGCUUCUUUGAUGAGUUCUCUGAAAAUUCCUAACCAAUGGAACAGGAAUGUGACCUACAGACUAAACUCCAAUCAAAAGCUGCCGGAUUCUGUGGACUGGAGGGACAAGGGAUGUGUUACUAAUGUGAAAUAUCAGGGUGCUUGUGGUUCCUGCUGGGCUUUCAGUGCUGUGGGAGCCCUGGAAGCACAGCUUAAGAUGAAAACAGGAAAGCUGGUGUCUCUCAGCGCACAGAACUUGGUGGAUUGUUCAACUGAUAAAUACCAAAAUCAUGGUUGCAAUGGUGGCUUCAUGACUCAGGCCUUCCAGUAUAUCAUUGAUAACAACGGCAUCGAUUCAGAUGAUUCCUAUCCUUACAAAGCUACAGAUGGAAAAUGCCAGUACAACCCAGCUAACCGAGCUGCCACGUGUUCAAAGUACACAGAGCUUCCCUAUGGAAGUGAAGAUGCCCUGAAGGAAGCCGUGGCCAACAAGGGACCUGUGUCCGUUGGAAUAGAUGCAUCUCACCCUUCUUUCUUCCUGUAUAGAAGUGGUGUCUAUUAUGACCCAUCAUGCACUCAGAAGGUAAAUCAUGGUGUGCUGGUGAUUGGCUACGGUAACCUAGAAGGAAAGGACUACUGGCUUGUUAAAAACAGCUGGGGCCUCACCUUUGGUGACAAAGGAUAUAUUCGGAUAGCAAGAAAUAGAGGAAAUCAUUGUGGGAUAGCUAAUUUUCCUUCUUAUCCAGAAAUCUAAAAGAUCUCUUCAUUUCACAUUUGAUCAGUUAAGAAAGAUGGAUGACACUUUGUUCUGAGUUUAAUUUUACUUUACUCCUAUUAACCAGUAGAAAUAACCAGAAAUGUUGAAUAGACUUAAAUAUAAUAAAAGCUUCACUAAUUUAGGUUUCAUCAAUUCAUAAUUCUAACAUGGUUGCGUUGAAUUGUAAUCUUUGCAUGUUUAUGGAAAAAGAGGCUUGCUAAGCAAUUUUUUCAUUUUUAUUCAGUAUUUUAUUUUUCCCCAGUUACACAUUAAAACAAUUUUUUAACAUUCGUUUUUAAAACUUUGAAUUCCAAAUUCCCUUCCUCUUCCCCACCCCCAUUUAGAAGGCAAGCAAUUUGAUAUAGAUUAUACAUGUGUAGUCAUACAAAACAUUUCCAAAAUAGUCAUGUUGUGAAAGAAAAGGAAAAAAACCUUCAAGAAAAAUAAAGUAAAAAAAGUAUGCUUCAAUCUGUAUUCAGACACCAUCAGUUCUUUCUCUGAGAAUGGAUAGCAUUUUUAUCAUAAUCCUUCAGAGUUGUCUUGGAUUGUUGUAUUGCUGAGAAUAGUGAAGUCAUUCAUAGCUGAUCAUUGUAAGUAAUUUAAUAUUGUUUUUAGAGACAAUUACAGAAAAGUGCUUAACUAUUAAAAAUUUGUUCUAAUUUAACCUUUAAUUAUCCAUUUUUAUAAUAUAGUUUUAUAAACUGCCCCAAAGCUUUUUUUAAUGAUUAUUUAAGAAUCCUAGAUAAUUUAGGAUUUACGUAUUUCUGAACGUCUAUUAUUGUCAUUAUAACAUUCAUUUCUUCUGAGGUGUUUGUACAACUCAUCUAGUACUUAGAACAUAAAUCACAAUGUACUAGUAAUUAGGUGUAGUAAUUUUGGUGGAAAAGACUAUGGUUCCUGUGUACAUAUUUUGUCUUCAUUGUAAACUCUUUGAGGACAAGGAUCUUGUGUUUUCCAUGUUUGUAUUCCCUUACAAAGCCUAACACAAUACCUUUCACACAGAUGCUCAGUAUUUGCUGAAUAAAUGUUGAAAUAAAAAAAAAAAAACUUGAAAACAAAA